AUGUCUCAAUUUUCAGAAUCUGAUUUUGGUGCAAAUGAUUAUUCCACAGCAAGACCUGAUUAUCCACCAAAUUUCUAUGACUUCCUAUCCCGUUACCAUUCGGGGUACAAUUCUCAAUUAGUAGAUGUCGGUUGUGGUCCCGGCACUGCUACCUUCCAACUAGUUAAAUGGUUACCUGAGUUUUCAAAAAUCACAGGGACAGACCUGUCUCCACCCAUGAUCAGCAAGGCUAGCGAAUUAGCCACCAGAGCAAGCAAAACUUCCCAGCAAGAAGAUUCACAAGGAAAACAAAUAGAGUUCCAUGUUUCCAGCAGCACAGAUUUCUCGUUUCUUCAAGGGAAGUCAUGUGACAUGAUCACAGCCGCCGAAUGUGCCCAUUGGUUCGAUUUCAAUGCUUUCCAAUCGGCAGCCGCCGAAACCUUGUCGGCCCAUGGUACUAUAGCCAUUUGGGGGUACAUCGACUCGGUGUUAGAGCGAUACCCGGACACCGAUGCUCUCAUGUUGGACUUACAAUAUGGAGAUGACAAGCUGGGUCCGUAUUGGGAUCAACCGGGACGUGACAUUCUACGUGGACUACUACAAGACAGACAUUUAGACCCUACGUUAUAUGAACGAAUCCAGGAGUCUCAUGUGGUGGCACGUGAGCUGACCUCGGCGGCAACACAGGAUUUCCCAUUACGGAUCACUAAAGAGAUGCCUCUGAGCCGGUAUCUCGCUUAUUUGAAGACUUGCAGUGCGUACCAUGCAUGGAAAAAGGACCCGCAAAACAGGGACUCUCCAGAUCCUUGCGAUGAACUUAUAGCUACCAUUCAAAAAAUGCACCCGGAAUUAAAGGACCUCAAUUACAAAGUCCGCGUGCUUUGGAGCUCAUUCUAUAAAGUGGGUACUCGUCGUGCAUGA